AUGGAGAAUACAGACUCUAGUACUUUGAUUCAGGGAGGUCCUCCCCCUCCUAGCUCUCCCGAGCCCCGAAUGGCAGGUGAGAGCAGCAGCAACUCAGGUGCUGUUGACCAAAACAUGCCUGGUGACAUCAUCCUGCCCCAGGGCGAAGACAACCUUGCCUACGAUAACCAAAUGUUGUCUCAAACGGGCGAGAGCUACAUACCAACAGCUACUGCCCUGAACACAGGGGAUAACUAUGGGCAGCUCACUACCCCUGGCCUCCUUCCUCAGGAAGUUGAAGGCAACGAAGGAGAUGCUGAUAUGCAGAGGACCUUUACGGAGCUGAUGGCGGAGGCUUCCAUGGAUCUUCUUGACACCGAGUACCAGCUCGACUGGAACUUUUUCGACACCGAUUCUUUUCUUGACCAACCUUCAAACACAUUCUUCGAGCCAAACGCGUUCGUUCCGACGUCUACUAACCUUGAUCCCGCGUCCUUUGACCCAAACACGAUCUUGUCUGAUCCCAACUACGUUCACCAUAACUUUGGCAUCGCCCCGGCUGUUCCAUCUGAGCAGCUUACCGAGUUUCAACCCGUCCCCUUGGGCCAUUUCCAGUACCAGGAGCCUCUGAUUGACGCGAACCCGUCCUUCGACUUGCCUUCGAGCCAAGAAGCUGCAACAGGUUUCAUCUCCAAUCAACCCCAGUCUCCUGAGGCUUCGAUUCAACCUCCUCUCGAUUAUCAGGUCGAUCCUCAGUCCGACCUUCAUCAUCAGAAUCUCACUGAAGCCGAGCCGAGCAACCAGCUUGAGGAAAACGAGUCAGACACAAUGGCGAAGUCUGGACGUACCCCCCUUCCUAGCUCGCCUCGAAAGCCGGGCAAGCAGACUCGAGGUGGAAAGAAGGGUAAUUCAUCGGACUCUUCUGCCUCGAAGACAGGCGCGUCCAAGGGUCGAUCGGACAACAAGCUCAGCAAGAUCCCCCUCAUUUGUUACGCCUGCCCUGAUGAGCCCAAGUUUUCGGACCCCUCUCAUCUUUUGACCCACGUUGGCUCAAAGGGCCACCUUGGCGCUCACCAGAAGCUUUUGAUUAAGGCCAUGACGGACACCGACGCCAAGGCGUCGAUCGAUAAGUUCAACAAGUGGUAUGCCGAGCACGAGAUCCAAUCUCUUCUCGCCGCCCGUAUGGCAGAGCGUGAGAAGAAGGACAAGAAGAAGCGAAAGGCCCAAGAUGAUCUGAACCAGCAGAUCAAGGACAAGAUGCCUUAUAUUAAGGACGAGGACGAUGCAGGCGACGGCCCGCGUGCCAAGAAGCGAGUCAGUCUCGCUAUCGUUCCCACGGACGAAUCUUCUAUUGUCUCAGAGGACAUAGAUGAGGACACCGUGCAGACACGCAGCGGCCCUAAGCUUAAGGGCACCGUCUACCCCGGAAUGGGCGUUUUCGAUGCCGCAACGGAUGAGAUGAAAAAGAACCGGAACCAACGCAAGAGUGCGUCCCUCACGGCGCAGUUGAAGGCUAACUCUGAUGCAGUCGAGCCUAUCGAGAUGGUCUUCGAUAUGAAUCUCAACUUUAUGCGCAUUCGUAGCGUCUUCGAUCGCCCUUCGCCGCCCCCUAGCCCUUCCGCCACUGGCGCUGAGGACUCUAUGGUGGAGGACGAGGAGAACUCCUCCAAGGACGCUGAUCCGGAGGAUCAGGGCGCCGACGGAGAUGAUUCUUCUGUCGGAGGAAAUCUCUCUCAUUGUCAGUAA